AUGACGGACCCUUACGGAACACCUUAUACAAAUGAUCCCGCAGACCUCAAAUACAUGCAACUGUCUAUCAAGGAAGCCAACAAAUCUAUUCCGGCGCCUGCAGCAUACUGUGUUGGAGCUGCCCUUGUCGAUGUGCAAGGCCAGUUACUCAGUACAGGCUAUUCACGCGAAUUACCAGGCAACACACAUGCAGAAGAGUGCGCACUCAUCAAAAUUGCUGACAAGGACAUCAACACAGAAGGAGCUACCAUGUACACUACGAUGGAGCCAUGCUCCGUUCGAUUAUCUGGCAAUCGCCCAUGCGCUAGUCGUAUCAUUGAAGCUAAAAUAAAGCGCGUAGUAGUUGGCGUGCGAGAACCACCUAAUUUAGUUACUUGUGAAGGAAUUAACCUUUUGGAGAGAGAAGGCAUACAGGUUGUUAUUGUGCCCAAUGUACAAGAAGCAUGCCUAAAGCCAAAUCAACACAUUCUCAACAAAUAA